AUGAGCGCGUGCGCCCUCCUUGAGGGUGCGCUUCGGGACACCGGGCUCAGCGCCCCCGCGCCGUGGGCUCCAUCCCCGCCCCGCGUCCCCCGGGCCCUGCCCUGGCCCCGGCCGCGGCCCCGGCUCCGGCUCCUGCUGCUGCUGCUUCUCCUGCCGCCCUCCGUCCUCUCGGCCGUCUUCACAGUGGGGGUGCUGGGCCCCUGGGCCUGCGACCCCAUCUUCGCGCGCGCCCGCCCGGACCUGGCCGCCCGCCUGGCCGCCGCCCGCCUGACCCGCGACCCUUCCCAUCCUCUCCUUCCUCAGGUGUCCCCACUCUUCGGCACCAUCUACGACGCGGUCUUCCUGCUGGCGGGGGGCGUGGCGCGGGCGCGGGCGGCCGCAGGGGGCGGCCAGGUGUCCGCAGAGGCGGUGGCCCGCCACAUGCAAGAUGCCCAGGUGCCCGGCUUCUGCGGGGCCCUGGGAGGAGCCGAGGAGCCCCCAUUCGUGCUGCUGGACACGGAUGCAGCGGGGGACCGGCUCUUCGCCACCUACAUGCUGGACCCCACCCGGGGCUCCCUCCGCUCGGCUGGGACCCCGGUGCAUUUCCCUAGAGGCAGAGGAGCACCUGGGCCCGACCCGUCGUGCUGGUUCGAGCCAGACAUCAUCUGCAACGGAGGAGUGGAGCACCGCCUCGUCUUUAUCGGCUUCCUCCUGGUGGUUGGGAUGGGGCUGAUGGGGGCCUUCCUGGCCCAUUAUGUGAGGCAUCGGUUACUUCACAUCCAAAUGGUCUCUGGCCCCAACAAGAUCAUCCUGACUCUGGACGAUAUCACCUUUCUCCACCCGCAAGGGGGCAGCACGCGAAAGGUGGUCCAGGGGAGCCGAACGAGUCUGGCCGCCCGCAGCAUGUCAGACGUUCGCAGCGUCCCCAGCCAGCCCUCGGAUAGCUCCAACAUUGGUCUCUUUGAGGGAGACUGGGUUUGGUUGAAGAAAUUCCCCGGGGAUCACAUAGCUAUCCGCCCAGCAACCAAGGCAGCCUUCUCCAAGCUCCGGGAGCUCCGGCAGGAGAACGUGGCCCUCUACCUGGGGCUCUUCCUCGGCGGCGGCGGCGGAGCGGGUGGCUCGGCGGCCGCGGGGGAAGGCAUGCUGGCUCUGGUCUCAGAGCACUGCACCCGGGGCUCCCUCCACGACCUCCUCGCCCACAGAGACAUCAAGCUGGACUGGAUGUUCAAGUCCUCCCUCCUCCUGGACCUCAUCAAGGGAAUGAGGUAUCUGCACCACCGAGGCGUGGCCCACGGGCGGCUUAAGUCACGGAACUGCGUGGUGGACGGGAGGUUCGUGCUCAAAGUCACGGACCACGGCCUCGGGCGACUGCUGGAAGCGCAGAGGGUGUUAGUGGAGCCUCCCAGCGCGGAGGACCAGCUAUGGACAGCCCCGGAGCUGCUUCGCGACCCGGCCCUGGAGCGCAGGGGGACGCUGGCUGGUGACGUCUUCAGCCUGGGCAUCAUCAUGCAGGAGGUCGUGUGUCGCAGCGCCCCCUACGCCAUGCUGGAGCUGACUGCCGAGGAAGUGGUGCAGAGGGUGCGGAGCCCCCCUCCACUGUGUCGGCCCUCUGUGUCCAUGGACCAGGCGCCCAUGGAGUGCAUCCAGCUGAUGAAGCAAUGCUGGGCAGAGCAGCCAGAACUUCGGCCCUCCUUGGACCGCAUCUUCGACCAGUUCAAAAGCAUCAACAAGGGCCGGAAAAUGAACAUCAUUGACUCGAUGCUGAGGAUGCUGGAGCAGUACUCCAGUAACCUGGAGGACCUGAUUGGGGAGCGCACAGAAGAGCUGGAGCUGGAGAAGCAGAAGACCGACCGGCUGCUCACGCAGAUGCUCCCUAGUUCCGUGGCCGAGGCCCUGAAGAUGGGGACACCUGUGGAGCCCGAGUAUUUUGAGGAGGUGACGCUCUACUUCAGCGACAUCGUGGGCUUCACCACCAUCUCAGCCAUGAGCGAGCCCAUCGAGGUGGUGGAUCUGCUCAACGACCUCUACACGCUCUUCGACGCCAUCAUCGGCUCCCACGACGUCUACAAGGUGGAGACAAUUGGGGACGCCUACAUGGUGGCCUCGGGGCUGCCCCAGCGGAACGGGCAGCGGCACGCCGCCGAGAUCGCCAACAUGGCCCUGGACAUCCUCAGCGCCGUGGGCUCCUUCCGAAUGCGCCACAUGCCCGAAGUGCCCGUGCGCAUCCGCAUCGGCCUGCACUCGGGCCCGUGCGUGGCGGGCGUGGUGGGCCUCACCAUGCCACGGUACUGCCUGUUUGGGGACACGGUCAACACCGCCUCGCGCAUGGAGUCCACGGGGCUGCCUUACCGUAUCCACGUGAACGUGAGCACCGUGCGGAUUCUCCACGAUCUGGACCAGGGCUUCCAGACCGAGGUGCGAGGCCGCACCGAGCUGAAGGGCAAGGGCGCUGAAGACACCUACUGGCUGGUGGGCAGACGCGGCUUCAACAAGCCCAUCCCACAACCGCCUGACCUGCAACCGGGGGCCAGCAACCAUGGCAUCAGUCUGGAGGAGAUCCCCCUGGAUCGGCGACAGAAGCUGAAGAAGGCGAGGCCCGGCCUGUUCUCUGGGAAGUGAGGCCCAGCCCACACAGAUGCUGCCCUUCUGCUCCCAAGGCCAGCUGCCAGUCUCCUCUCAGACUCUGGGAGAUGCUUUCUGGGGAACAGGCACCUCUUCCCCAGCCUUAGGGCCUAGUGGCCUAGCCCUGCCUGCUGAACUUCCCACCCAAGCCGGGUGUCCCCAUCCCUGGUCUGACCGAGUGAGCCCAGGCUCGUUCCUAAACCCGGGGACUUUCCCUGGGAGGGAAGCACCAGCUGCAGGGAUCCUGGUUCAGUAGGUCUGGAGUGGUCCAGGAAUCCAGACUUGAGAACCCCUGUACACAUGACCCGAGACCUCUCCUCGGACCCCCCCCACUGCAUUAACCAGGCAUCCCUGCCAGGCUGCACAGGCCGUGCACUGCACAAGAGACCACUCUAGGGAGCAGCAUUCGGCAGAGGACAAGAUGAACGCUGUCUCUAGAGUUCUGUCAGGGCAGAAGCCCUGCCCUCUACCUUCCUUGAAAAAACUUUGAUCCAUGACCUUCCCCUUCCUAGGUGAACCCCCAUGACCCCUUCUCGCGAUUUGCCUUUGACACACUCCUCAUUCUCUCAGGAGUAUUCCGGAAGGUCCUUUUCCUGAAAGUUGCUGCUAUAGGUGACCAAAAGUCUGGCUAAUAACCAGUGGCUUCUCGCCAGCUCUGCCUCAAAGGAUUCUGGGCCUUUUCAGGAGCUGGUUGCAAACCCACUGUGUGACCUCGGGAAAGUUUCAUGCGCUCUCUGGGCUUGGGUUCCCCCUCCAUGAUGAAAUAAGGAGAGGCCUAGGUGGUUUCCGCACUCCCCUGCUCUGACAGCUAAGCAUCAGCGUGGUUGGCCUGGGGAUACGGGCCACUGGGCUUGGGGCCUCCAGCCCCAGUGACUCUGAGCCCAUCAGGAGAGGUUGGGGUGGGGAUUCUCCACUUUCUAGGCCCCGCCCC